AAUCAUACCGCGAAAAUCCUCUAAGUUUGCUUUGGCAAAGCAGAAAUUUGUUAAAUUUUAUAAUGUUCUAAGUUUAUUUAAUAAAUGUUAAAAAAAUAUAUAAAAUAAUAUAUUUAUAUAUUUUUUUUUUAAAAUAAAGAAUUAGAUAUAGUGAGAAUCUCUUAGUAAGAUGAAUUCAAAGGGCGAUAAUGGAAGAAUAUUUGAAGAAACAUGUGUUGUUGACUGGACAUGCGAUCAAGUAUCUUCAUGGCUUCAACAAACCGGUUUUGGUUGUUAUACGGAACUCUUUACAGUGACACAUAAAAUUGACGGAAAAGCUUUACUAACGUUAACGGAAAAUGAUCUUAGACAAGCCCCACUGGCCAUCAAAAUUCUUGGAGAUAUUAAAAAGUUGAUGAUAAAUAUAAGUAAUCUUCGAUCUAAAAAUCGUAAUGGGCUACAAACACUUGGCUUGGACAACCAUUCACGAAAAUACUAUCAUAGUUUAUCAACCACUGAGCUAUUAGAGGUUGAAACGAAGCAUAUUUCAUCUCAGUUACUACCGGAAUACUUCAAAUUGAUAGUCUCUUACUUUUACAUGUCGAUUUCAUUUAUGAUAACAGCAUUUGUUAUGGUAAUUGUACAUGAUAGAGUACCAGAUAUGAAAAAAUACCCUCCCCUACCUGAUAUUGUCUUAGAUAACCUUCCUUAUAUCCCAUGGGCUUUUGACUUGUGCGAAUUUUGUGGAGCUUUUCUUAUGUUCCUUCUUGUAUUGAUUUUAUUUUUUCAUAAGCAUCGUUUUAUUAUUAUGCGACGCCUUUUUGCUAUAUCUGGAACCAUCUUCCUUUUGAGAUGUAUCACGAUGCUAAUAACGUCGUUGUCUGUUCCAGGAGCACAUUUACAGUGCGCCCCCAAGUCAUAUGGCGAUCUAUGGGCCAAACUUAAUAGAGCAUUCGUCAUUUCGAAAGGAUUUGGGAUGUCAUUGCAGGGUGUAAGAACAUGCGGAGAUUAUAUGUUUAGCGGUCAUACAGUUGUGAUAACCAUUCUAAAUUUUGCUGUCACUGAAUAUACUCCUAAAAGAUUUUACUGGAUCCAAACUGUGUCUUGGAUAACCAAUAUAUUUGGAAUAUUUUUUAUAUUAGCGGCUCACGAGCAUUACUCUAUAGACGUAUUUAUAGCGUUCUAUAUAACUAGUAGAUUAUUUCUAUAUUAUCAUACUUUGGCUGGUAUAAAUCGUAAACCAAGCGUCUCGUCAACAGUAUGGUUCCCGCUAUUCUCCUACUUCGAAUCUAAUAUAGAUGGACCUUUACCAAACGACUACGAAUGGCCAUUAAAAUUUAAUGAAUUAAAACUGUCUAUACAAGGGUUUUAUAAACGUAAAAUGUCUUAGGAACGAAACCAAGAUGACCAAUUUUUCAUUAAAAGAGAAAGAAAAUAUUAAAAAUGCAUGUGAUACAUUUGUUUAAAAAUAAAUUAAUAUUUUCUAAAAAAGAAAGCAC